CUUGUCGCUUUGUCAUUUCACAUUUGGUGAUUUGAUUUGUAAAUUGUUUCGCUUUAUGAUUGAAUGCUGAGCGUUUACUAUUCUCUUGACAAUCGUUUAUCCUUUAUCGUUAAGACUAAAUAAAAUUUUUAAAGAAAUAAUGGAAAACGCAGAGGAAGUAUUUCAAUUCUUAGAAGAAUUCUCAAAACGUAAGCCGAAAAUAAUACCACAAGAAUUGAAUGAUUAUUUGGUUUAUGUAGCUCGUACCGGAGAUCCUGUGUAUCAAUGGUCCCUAGUUAAAAGUUUAUUCAAAGAAAAGUUACUAAAUGUAAUUACAGAUUUUCACGAAUCCACGCCCAGUGUCGAUAUUCCCCCGUGUCCUAACGUGGAUCCAUUUAACUAUGAUAUUAUGAAAAAUAGUCUCAUUGAACGCCUUGAUUCAUUCACAUCAGCACCUUUUACGGUACAAAGAAUUUGUGAACUACUGACGUGUCCGCGAAAACAGUAUAAUCGUGUAGAUAAGUUUAUGAGGGCCAUUGAAAAAAAUAUCUUAGUUGUUAGCACAAGAGAGCCUGGCCCACAAAGACACCAAGAACCAGAAAAUGGUGAACCCAUCGAACCUAUGGUUAAUGGUUCAGAUAACAAUUCUGAAUACAAUGUUGAUGUUGAAAUGGAAGACAUAUCUUGGAAAGAAACUGCAGAGUCUAGGCAGGAGUCAGAACCUCAGCCAAGUUCAUCUGACGCACAUAUUUCCGUUGACGAUUUAGAAGCAAGAUUGCAUGCUAAGCAAAAUGAAUCCAGCACACAAGAUAAACAAACAACUGAAUAUGAAUCUGUUACUCCACCGGAAUUAAAUGUAGUUGAAAAUAAUGAGGAACCUUUACAAGAAGAGAAAUCUGCAGAGAUACUUAGUCCACCUUUGAGUGAGAAUAAGGAAAACAAUACUGUAAUAGUAUCGGAGAAAAAUCAAGAGCAAAAGAUUGAUGUAGAAAUGAAUGAAGCAACUACCCCUCCACGCCCACUAGUAAUUCCAGAUAUUAAAGUAGAUGAUGCUGAAAUGACAGAGCAAAAGUUACAAGAACAAGCCCAGGCUGCGGAAAACAUUGAACAGAUUAAAACUAGCGAUGAAGUUGCAGGAAAUAAUACCAUAAUUGAUGAAAAAUCUACUGAUGAGAGUAGCUCAGAUGCCAGCACUAAAGAUGAGAAUGAACCCAAAAAUAUAUCAGAAGCCUCCUCCUCUAGUGAAGAGAGCUCAUCAUCAAGUGACAAUGUCGAUGGAAACAGCAAUUCUCCAAAAUCUCAAACUGAAGUUGUACCAGAAAAACAAGAUUCGAAUGGUGAUAAGGAAAGUAAUGAUAGUGAAAAUGCAACAUCCGAAGUUAUUGAUAAACCAGCUGUGACUAUUCAAUCUGAGAAUUAUUCCAUAACAGAUGUCAAUUCGGAAAUACCACAGGCUCCUAUAGAUGCUUCAAAUAAAGAAGAACAAGAAACACCAGAAAAAAGCCAAGAAGACCUUAAGGAAGAAAUAAAAAAAGAUGAAUCUGAAACUGAUAAUCAAACCAACACUGUAACCCCAUCAUCUUAGGCAUAAAUAAAUAAUGUUAUAAAUAGAACUGACCUUUCUUGAGGUGUCUAUUAAUUAUUAUCGAGACAUAAGAUAAAUAUUUAAGGUAUGAUGAAGUGAUACAAACACCACUUAAUUUUCUUAUUUUUGAUAGAAACAGUAAGCACCCCUUUUGUAUAAUAAGUUUAAAAAACAAUCUAUGUGACAAAGGGAUCUCCAUUAUUGUAGUCUUAAUAUGAUUGAAAUAAGUUAUGAUAUAAAUAAAUGAAUGAUUUGUAAA